UUUGCCCAGUAAAUGCUACUGUAUGCAUGUGAAAAGGAUGGACACAUAUGAGGUUGAUCGCCGGGACCUGAAACUGACAUGACAGAGUUCACAACAUGUUGCAACGAGCGGGCUGCAGUGAAGAGGUGAGGCUGCACAACAGUGGGACUGCCGACGGACAGAGGACACAAACAGAUGCUGGAAGUCAUUAAAAUGGCUGACUAACAUCUCUUAGAGCUAUGGACUGGGAGAAGUCACUGAACCGAUCCAGGGUCAACUCUUCUACUCCAGCCUCUUCUUUAUCUCCAUCCAUGUCUGACUCUUCAUCCACCUUAUCCUCCUCCCAGUUCUCGGCCCCUUCCUUUUCUGGCCUGGACCUCCUGUCCGACCUGAAGCCCAUCUUCAUUCCUCUCUACUCUGCCGUGGUGCUGGUCGCCUGCUCCAGCAACCUCCUCCUGCUCUUUCUUAUCUGGCACAACAAGAAAAGACACAACACCACAAACUUCCUCAUCAGCAAUCUGGCACUGGUCGACCUGGUUAUGUGCAUUUUCUGCGUCCCUUUGACUGCAUCUUAUGCUUUUGACCAGCGUGGAUGGGUGUUUGGUCCCCGCAUGUGUCAUUUUGUCACUGUCAUGCAGUCUGCAGCUGUCUACGCAGCAGUCCUGUCCCUCAUGGCCAUUGCGGUGGAUCGAUACGUGGUUGUGGCUUAUCCCAUUCGCAAAAGAGCAGGGUGCCAGUUCUGCUGGGGUCUGGUGGUCCUGAUCUGGUUGUCCUCUUUGGCUUUAUCCACACCUACAGCACUUCACACCGUCCACCUGGACCUGCGGCCUGCGGGGCUGCAGAUGGUAGUGUGUGAGGAGUUCUGGGAUGGCCAGGAGCGAGGCCGUCUCAUCUACUCCUGUUUCAUUCUAUUCUUCUCCUACUUUCUCCCACUGGCUGCGGUCUCCAUUUCCUACUGUGCUAUAACCCAUCAUCUGAAGCAGAGGACCACGUCAGGCUUGACGGCGUGUGAAGAGUUGAGAUCUGCAAGGGCUGCAUGGAGCAGACGGAGGAGGAAGACCUUCUACCUGCUGCUGGUGUCCGUCCUCUGUUUUGCCUUCUCGUGGCUUCCCUUACAGGUGGUGAAUCUGAUCCGUGACCUGGACACGGACUUCUCUAUCUUAGGGAAGAAUUACGUGAACAUCAUCCAGGUGUCAACUCACCUGCUCGCCAUGAGCUCCACCUGCUACAACCCUUUUAUUUACGCCUCAUUGCAUGACAAGUUCCUGUCCUACCUGUGCCACAACUUCCUGUCCCGCAGGAGAAGAAAAGGAAAGGACAGGGGUCAAUUGUCAAGCAUCCUGACAAUGUCACACAGAGUGCAACGCCUUCCCACCUCCACGACUGUGGCAGAUUUAUCAGGUGCUGUUGUAAAUAAAGUCAUACCUCAAGAAAGCUACGCUUAAAUUGUUGUUUCGCUUGAAUACUCACAAGAAUGAUAUCCGCUAGUGUUUUCCAGAUUUACUUCUUCACUCCAAAUUUGAUCUGAAUCUUUGUCUUCAUACUGACAGGCAAAUUGAGUAUAAAAGAAAUUCCAUUUAAAGCACACCGAAACUCAAAAACUCACUAAAUGAAAGUGAGGCUUUCAUAAAGCAGCCAGUUUGUACAGCAUGUCAGUCACAAACAAAAAUACACAACAGCUCCGUCUCUUUGACUGAAUUUCUACAGACCUGUGUAAAAAUGUUAGCCUGCUUUGAAUUAAAAGAUACACAGUAUGAGUGCAACGAUUUAUAUUUUAACAA